AUGGUAAAAAAUUGGAAUUACAUAUCCUCAUCUCUUAACCCCGCAGAUAUUAUUUCCCGCGGUUGUACUCUACAUGAGUUAAAAUAUUCAGAGCUGUGGUGGCACGGACCUGAAUAUCUUCAAAAACCUGUAGAAUUCUGGCCAACUGAUUGUAAUAUUACUAAAUUUGCGAAAAUUUCGGAAAAGGUUCCGGAGUAUAAACCUCAAACUAUGACAUUUUUUAAUACCAAUACUGAAUUACACGAGAUAUUCGAAAGAUAUUCAAAUUAUAAUAAAUUAAUUCGCGUGUUUGGUUAUUGUUUAAGAUUUAUUAAUAACUUAAAACUCAAGAAAGAUAAUCGAGAAUAUUCUAAUAGUUUAUCUCCCGCUGAGAUAAAUAACAGCAUAGAAUCACUUUCUAAAAUGGUACAAAUAACCGCAUUUCCCUCUGAUUUCCGAUCACUUCAAGAAUCUGGUUCUGUAAAUCCUAAAAGUAAUUUAAGAUCUUUAUCACCUAUUCUUGAAAACGGUUUAAUUCUUGUUGGUGGUAGACUUCAAAAUGCUAAUAUUUGUUAUCACUCAAAACACCCGAUUAUUCUUCCUCAUUCACAUCCAUUCACACGUCUAAUUAUUGAAAAUGAGCAUUUACGCAGUUUACAUGCAGGUACUCAAACCACUCUUUCAUUUAUAAGGCAAAGAUUUUGGCCCUUAAAUGGAAAAAAUUCUGUUAAGAAUUGUAUUCGCAAAUGCGUUAUAUGUUUUAAAUCCAAACCUAAAGGGUUAACUGCUAAAAUGGGUCAAUUACCGGCUCCGCGAGUAGUUCCUACUUCUCCAUUUUUGACGUCAUCAAUUGAUUUUGCUGGUCCUUAUGAGUUGAAAGAUGGAAAAUUAAAAAACCGCAGAAUUAUAAAGGCUUACAUUUGCGUCUUUGUUUGCAUGGCAACCAAGGCGAUACAUCUAGAGCUCAUUACUGACUUAACUACUGACGGUUUUUGA